AUGACAAAGAAACAAAAAUCAUUCUGUCAUGUGCAGCAGCACCUGAACCUGCCACUGGGACAGCCUCUCCCAGCUACAGUGCCUCAGGCCAGGAGCCCGACCCAUCUCCCAGCUGCAGUGCUCCCAGCUACAGUGCAUCAGGCCAGGAGCCCGACCCAUCUCCCAGCUGCAGUGCUUCCUGCCAUGAGCCCGACCCAUCUCCCAGCUACAGUGCUUCAGGCCAGGAGCCCGCCCAUCUCCCAGCUACAGUGCUUCCGGCCAGGAGCCCAACCCAUCUCCCAGCUACAGUGCUUCCUGCCAGGAGCCCGACCCAUCUCCCAGCUACAGUGCUUCCGGCUACAGUGCUUCAGGCCAGGAGCCCGCCCAUCUCCCAGCUGCAGUGCUUCCGGCCAGGAGCCCAACCCAUCUCCCAGCUACAGUGCUUCAGGCCAGGAGCCCAACCCAUCUCCCAGCUACAGUGCUUCAGGCCAGGAGCCCAACCCAUCUCCCAGCUACAGUGCUUCAGGCCAGGAGCCUGACCCAUCUCCCAGCUACAGUGCUUCCGGCCAGGAGCCUGACCCAUCUCCCAGCUACAGUGCUUCAGGCCAGGAGCCCAACCCAUCUCCCAGCUACAGUGCUUCAGGCCAGGAGCCUGACCCAUCUCCCAGCUACAGUGCUUCCGGCCAGGAGCCCGACCCAUCUCCCAGUUGCAGUGCUUCCGGCCAGGAGCCUGACCCAUCUCCCAGCUACAGUGCUUCAGGCCAGGAGCCCGCCCAUCUCCCAGCUACAGUGCCUCCGGCCAGGAGCCCGACCCAUCUCCCAUCUACAGUGCUUCCGGCCAGAAGCCCGACCCAUCUCCCAGCUACAGUGCUUCCUGCCAUGAGCCCAACCCAUCUCCCAUCUACAGUGCUUCCUGCCAUGAGCCCGACCCAUCUCCCAGCUGCAGUGCUUCCUGCCAUGAGCCCGACCCAUCUCCCAGCUACAGUGCCUCCGGCCAGGAGCCCGACCCAUCUCCCAGCUGCAGUGCUUCCGGCCAGGAGCCUGACCCAUCUCCCAGCUACAGUGCUUCUGGCCAGGAGCCCGACCCAUCUCCCAGUUGCAGUGCUUCCGGCCAGGAGCCCGACCCAUAUCCCAGCUACAGUGCUUCCGGCCAGGAGCCCGACCCAUCUCCCAGCUGCAGUGCUUCCGGCCAUGAGCCCGACCCAUCUCCCAGCUACAGUGCUUCCGCCCAGGAGCCCAACCCAUCUCCCAGCUGCAGUGCUUCCGGCCAUGAGCCCGACCCAUCUCCCAGCUACAGUGCUUCCGGCCAGGAGCCCGACCCAUCUCCCAGUUGCAGUGCUUCCAGCCAGGAGCCUGACCCAUCUCCCAGCAAGGGACAAGCUACACAAAGCCAUUCACAUGAUGUGA